UGUGUUGUUGUUGAAGCAAUGAUGGCGGCAGCGGGAUGCGGAUCAGCAACCGCGGCUGCCGUAGGAGGCCAAGGUGGAACCGCAACGGCCAGAGGUCGUUUCCCCGGUCGGCCUUGGUCAUCACGCAGUCGUUUGCGUUCUGAGAAGCGAUGGCAACUCGGACGAUCGGGCUUGGAAGCUGAUGAUGUGACUAACGGAGGGCCAAGGCCCGCAAACCUGGUCCUAUCGUUAAACGAAGACCAGUCCCACUUGCGUUUACUUGGGAUAGAGGCAAGCCACAAGAUCCUUGGCCAGGCUGGAUACAGCUCUAGUGGGAGUGAAGAGGUGAGGUCCCAAACCGACCCAGGAGGUGAUGACUUCAAAGGAUUUGAAGCUGAGAGAAAAGGCUCCAAAGGGCCUCGAAUGCCUCAACAAAAUUCUUCCAAAGGCGAUGCUGUCAACACAAAGUCUAAACGUCGAAGUGAGAAGCUACCACUUAAAAUGCCAGCAGUGGAGGUUGCUAUCCCACCUGAUCCUGUGAAAGAUGCAGAAUCUUCAGCAGAAAAGCAUGGCACAUCUCUUGAAGCAAAGCCAGCCAAGGAUUUCAAAAAAGGUUCAAAAGGAAAAAACACUAUUGAUAGACAGUCUGCUAAAAGCAGAGCAUCAGCAGCAGCACCAAGGAUUACUAUAAAGUUGGUGGCCAAAAAGAAAAUGAAAACUAUAAAGGAGACUCAGAAAAAAUCUGCGAGGAAACUGAAAAUAAAAGAAAUUCAGAAUCAACCCAAUGCCAAGGACAUUCAGGGUGACCAGGUUGUAAGUGCUCAUGUCAAAUUAAAAACUGAACCACAUGAGGAUAAACCAGGUGCAGAGGAUAAAGGAGCGGGGGCUAUACCUGCAAGAAGACGGGGGAGAUCUGCUGUAAAGGCAGCAAAUCCUGUGGGCCAGACUACUGCCAAAGUUGUGGUUGAUGACCAAAAAUCAAAAGAAAAAGAACUAACUGACUCUGCUAAGGAUAGCGCGUCUGUUGAGCCAAAACUAAAUGCAAAGGUAAUAAAGAAAAAGAAAGCAGUGGCAGGUCCGGAUUCUGCAGUUAAACUAGUAACUCGAAGGAGCAGUAGAGUUACUAACCCAAGCUCUAAAAGAGUCUCGGACAGUGCAGCUGAACCCGAAAGUCAAAGUGCUACCGUUCUGGCAGACUCCAAGCCAGAAGUUUCCCAAACGGUGGAGACUAAACCAUUGGUGGGAAGAGACAGACGUAGACAGAGCAAGAGACUAAAUAAAGAUGUUAAAGUGCCAGAAAGCCAGGGGUCAUCUUCCACAGAGACGGAUAAUUUGUCCAUACAACCCACUGACUGUUUGACUUUAAAAAAUGAGGAAAUGAGGAUCCCUAGCUUAAAGUUGAUAAAGAUAAAAAACCCUAAAUAUGAUUCACAGGCCAGUGGGAAGACUUCAUCUCGAAAGAAAAAACGGAGAAAAUAUAUCUGGAGUUUAACAUUGGCGAAGGGAGGAACUCAGACACUGGGAGCUGAAAGUGCUAUCAAGGUAUCGGCAGAAGUUGCAGAGAGAGAUGUUCAGUCCCCUCCUCCCGACGCCCUCGACAAAAAUGUGAAGGGGCUGGAUAAAAAGUCAGAGGUGGAUAAUGCAUCCCCACAAGAGACGGAAAGGAUGGAUAGUAAUGAAAAAGAGCUCCAAAAUCAGGCUGACUUGGAACAGGCAGACACACAUGUGGAAGCUGAAGGAGAUCCUGCACCUGAAACACCUUCACAAGAGAUCACUAAAACAGACUCUGGGAAAGUUGUGCCCCCUCUUCAGAUUAAAAAGGUCUCUUCUCCUGGGAAACAUAAAAGCUCAAAGCCAUCCUUUUUGAUUCAGCAGAUUAGCCCCGUCUCUGAAAAGAAAGAGGAUGUAUUCAAAGAUCCAAGUGAAGUUAAUGAGGAUAAGUCCUGUCUGGAUGCUGAGGCCACACCUACUCGGAGACUAAGGCGGAGGACUUCAAGUCUUGAUUCACCACAAACAAAGUCUGUCAGUCAGAUGCCAAUGACUGUUCAGAAACGGAGGCUAAGAAAGAGUCCGCAAGACGAAGAUGCUCCACAAGUGCAAAUCCAAGUUUCCUCUCAGGUUUCUACUGAAGACUCCAGCUCACAAGUUCUUCCUGACGACGCUUGUCAUGUUUUGGUGAAUGACCAAUCACAGGUGACCAGUGUAAACUCUAAAGUUCUUGACAAGGAUACCUCCGAAAGUGCUGAUGUUCCCUCACAGGUGCCAGGGGAAGUUUCUCCACAGAAAGUGGAGACUGAGGUAAAACCACAGGUUAAAGAGGCCAAACCAUUAGCUGUGCCUUCCAAACCUAGAAGAUGUAGAAACAAUAAACCAGGGAAAAAGAAGGUUGUUCAGAAAAAGGCUGUUCAGAAAAAAGCUACUGUUGUUUCUCCUGAUACAGUUGAUACAGUCCCUGCUGUAAAUGACUCUACUAACAUAGAGCCUGUACUAAAGAAAGAUGCUCUGCCUUUAGUGGUUGAGAUAAGUCCGCCAGAGACAAAAGAGUGCCCUGAGCCAGAGAGCAAACAGGACACUGUGUCAGUGGAAGAAGAUCAGAAACAGCUACCAGUAAAAGAGGAAACAGAUAUACAGUUCAUUGAUAGUCAGCAAUCUGUGGUAUCGGAAAGUCAAGCAACUGAUGUAACAGCAUCAAAGAAAACCCUCAAAAGAGUAAAAAAGAGGCGUAAAAAUGUAAUUGGCCAACGUCAGAAACACAGGCACAGAGGCAGAGAUGGGAAGUUUGCUCCUCUUAAGUCUUCAGGAAGUCAGGACAUUGUCAAGGGAGAUGGUGACAUUUCCACCUCUUUGACAGCUGUAAUACCAUCCCCAAGCUCCAAACUUAUUGGAAUACACAAAAGGUACAAAAAGAGGAAAGCAGGUCUUCAGUUUAUUGGUUCUAAAAGGCCAAAAUCACAACCCAAAAUAAUUUCUACACUGAUAGAAAUGGGACUUGAAAAAGAUAGUUUGAAGCAGGAAGAAGCAGACACCCCAGUUGAUGGCAGACAAACAGAUGUCACUAACGCUCAGCCCAGUAAAUCAAAGUUUGUAAAAAACAUCAAGCACUUCAUUAUGCCUGUUGUGAGUGCCAGAUCCUCACGAGUGAUCAAGACCCCACAGAGAUUUAUGGAUGACAUUGGCAUGUCUGUAUUGCCUAGAAGAAACUCGCCAAAGAAGGGUUUACAACUGGGUUUGCAGAUGCGUCCAGGAAAGCGGAGAGAUGAAGGGGCAGAGAGAGCAAUAUCCCCCAUCCUUCCAAUUGAUGAGGAGGACAUAUUGAGUGAAGCUCAAUUAGAUGUUGAUCUAUUUUCAGCUCAGGACCUUGAUGACAGCCUUGACAUUGCCGAUAGUCUGUUUUCUGAGAGAAAAAGUGACAAAGAUGAAAAGAAGUCCCUUCUAAAAAACUCGAGCUUCAAGUGGCAUCUGUCAGAAGAAUCUAGCGAGGAAGUGUAUACACUGGACAACACUCUAGAGAGCAAAUACGAGGAUCUGUUUUUAUCUACUUCAGCAGAUAAGCCUCCAGAAUUAUCAUCUGACCUUGUGGAAGUUAUUCAAAAGAAAAGUUUGCCCAAGUUUAACAAACCAGUAGGUCACCUCAAGAUCUUUCAGCGGCUAAAGAAGCCACACGUGGGACAUCCCAAAAACAAGAACACACCAGAGCUUGACAGUGUGAGCAAACCUGUUCAGCCCUCUGUUGAUUUGGCAGAAGGACUCGAUGAUGAGGCCAUGAGCAUCAGUCUCAGGCAGCGGGAUACAAGCACAGAAAAGUCCAAGCUUAAGAUAGAAGACCUCGAUUCUCCUGGGGUGGUGAGGAAAGUUUCUGUGUGUGUUCGGGCAAUGAACUCCAAGUCUCUUGCAUUUCGGCAAGGCGAAGAGGAAAAUGUAACACAGAAAGAUGCUGCUGAGCUUCAUUCAGGAGAGUUACAGUCCGAACAGAAGUCAGGCACAGCUGAAGAUCUCGGGUCUGUGGAGAAGGGAGUGCCGCAAAGAGCACGCCUUACUGGUGCAAAUAAAAGAAUGUUCAAUCUCCUCAGGAAAGCAAAGGUUCAACUCAUUAAGAUUGACCAACAGAAGCAACUAAAGUCUUCUGGGCUGUUAUCUGGCCCAACUGGAGUCAGGUCUUCGGAUAUCAACUCAAAAAGACAAAGGAGGAAACAGAGGCUGCAUCUUCAGCCUGAUGUUUCAGUCAAGACAGAGCCACUUCAAGUACAACCACAGCUCAUCUCCCCGCUGUGCCAGGAAUUCCGUAGAGCUGGUGGUCCACGCAUCAAGCAUGUGUGUCGUGCUGCCUCUGUGGUGCUCGGGCAGCCUCGAGCCAUGGUACCAGAUGACAUUCCCAGACUUAGCGCCUUGCCACUGCAUGAAAGAUCUGGCAUUUCCCCAUCAGCUGUCCCUAAAGAUAUUGGGUCUCCGUCUGAGUCGGACAACCCUGAAGUGUCAGAUCCAAAGGUAACCAAGGCCAAGAAGCAAUCAAACUUUGCAAAACGGAAAGGACUUGGGCCAUUUGGAUACCGCUCUCGGAGGUGUGGAGUCUGCAAAGGCUGCAACCACGAGGAGGACUGUGGCAAGUGCAUAAACUGCCUUGACAAGCCCAAGUUUGGUGGUCCCAAUACAAAACGGCAAUGUUGUGUGUAUAAGAGAUGUGAUCAAAUUGAAGAGAGAAAAGCAAAAAGACUUAGUGGAAGAACAGCACCCAAAGGUUCCUCAAAGCGACGACGGUCAUCUUUCAGUGGGGGCCAUUCGAGUAAUGAUGAAGGGAAUGAAGGUACCUUGGACUCACCAUCGGGUCUCCAUGGUGACGGCCACAGUCCAUCUGUAAGGAAGCAGCCAAAGCGCAUUGUGAAACCCCGUGUCUACUUUGACUUGGUGGAUUAUGAUUCAGAUCUGGAUGAUAAAGCUUUUUCUAGCUCUGCCUCACCAGCAAGGAGAAGGGGUGCAGGACCUCGCUUCAGUCAAGACUUUGUUUCACUGGAUGGAUUCUUGGAAGACAUUUCAGAUGAUGAAGUUAGGCAACGAAAAACCAGCUCACAUCGUGUACCACAGGCUCGACGUAAAUCUGAGAAGGGUCUUCCACCUCAGGGGCCUUUGGAGCAGACCCCUCCCAGUGUGCUGGCUGCUCUGGCCCAUGGAUUUGAGCAGCGUGAAGUGGAGUCUUCUAAACCUUCUCACAAAAUCAGGGUUGACUUCAAGGAGGACUGUACUUUGGAGAACGUCUGGAAUAUGGGUGGCCUAAGUAUAUUGACCUCUGCACCUCUCAUGCCUCCCUACGUUUGCUUCCUUUGUGCCAGUAAAGGGCAACAUGAGAUGCUGUAUUGCCAAGUGUGCUGUGAACCUUUCCACCAGUUUUGCCUUGAGCCAGCGGAGCGGCCCUCUGAGGAGAACAAGGAAAAUUGGUGCUGCCGACGAUGCAAGUUUUGUCACGUGUGUGGCAGUAAAAACAUGUUCUCAAAGCCUUUAUUAGAGUGUGAGCGAUGCCAGAACUGUUAUCAUGCUUCCUGCUUGGGGCCUAAUUAUCCAAAACAAAACAAAAAGAGGAAAACCUGGGUUUGUAUGACAUGCAUCAGGUGUAAAAGUUGUGGUGUCACGCCUGGAAAGAGUUGGGACACUGAGUGGAACCAUGACAAAGGCCUCUGUCCAGACUGUUCAAAACUCUAUGAACAAGGUAACUACUGCCCAAUCUGCUUCAAGUGUUAUGAGGACAAUGACUAUGAUAGUCAGAUGAUGCAGUGCGGCACAUGUAACCAUUGGGUACAUGCCAAGUGUGAAGAUCUAACAGAUGAACUGUAUGAGAUCCUGUCCAGCUUGCCAGAGAGUGUGGUGUAUUCAUGCCGCCCGUGCAGUGUGACCCAGCCCAGCGCCUGGAGAGAGUUGCUGUACAUUGAGCUCAGGGCUGGAGUAGAGAAGGUUCUAGCUUGCUUACUUUCCUCCACCCUCACCCAGCACCUUGUUACGUGCUCACAGUGUGAGAAGUUGGUCGACCCUGACAGUGGAAUAGAAGGCCGGCCGGCAUGUGAUCUCCGAGCUGUUGGCAAGAAGUUUGACAAAGGUCUUUAUACUACGCUGAAAAUGUUCCAUGAAGAUGUGGUUCAGGUGGUGCGAAAGAGGCUUGAGCAAGAGGAAGAUCUUCCAGAGGAACGAAGACCCACUGCCCUGGCUCGCUCUUAUUACUUAAAGCUCCUUGAGGAGGUAUUUAACUGGUUCAACAGCCAAGACCCAAAGGUGUGGCACACCUCUACCAAAGACUUGCCGAUGGGGAUGCUGUCCCAUGCUGUUCAUCCUCCUACAAUGGAGCAUGUUUACGCCCAGUGGCAGGAAAGGGAGGAGCUGUUGUCCAGGCCUCCGCUGGGUCUUCUGCAGGAGGACAAUGGACAAAGCUUAGAUAUAAAGGAGGAAGGGGGAGUUUCUCCAACGUCUGGGGAGCCAAUAAGCCGGAACCACUUCAAAACCAGCAGGGCUGUCAGAAUCAAAGGUAAAAGAGGUAGGCUUUCAAAAGCAGAUCUUGACACUGGAUGGUCUAAAGAUGAUGAGAGGCAGUGCUCUUUGUGCCAAAAAUAUGGAGAUCUCAAACCCAAUGAAGCUGGCAGGUUGCUCUAUCUAGGCCAGAAUGAGUGGGCUCAUGUCAACUGCUGUCUGUGGUCAGCUGAGGUGUUUGAAGAAGACAAUGGCUCUCUGCUGCAUGUGCACAGCGCCGUCACAAGGGGACGCUUAAUGCGAUGUGAACGCUGCAAUCAGACGGGUGCCACUGUGGGCUGCUGCUUAACAUCUUGUCAGAGUAACUACCACUUCAUGUGUGCCCGCUCCCGGCAGUGUGUGUUCCAGGAUGAUAAAAAGGUCUACUGCUACAAACACCGGCAUCUCAUCAGCGGCAGGAUGAUUAUUGGUCAAGAAUUUGAAGUAAACCGAAGAGUCUAUGUGGAAUUUGAGGGGAUCAGCCUUCGCAGAAAGUUCUUGACUGGACUGGAACCAGAACUGAUCAAUGUGAUGAUUGGUUCCUUACAGAUUGAAAAGCUGGGUGUUCUUUCUGAACUUUCAGCCAGGAAAGGCAAAUUAUUUCCUGUGGGGUUUGAGUGUUCUCGAUGGUACUGGAGUACAGUUAACCCACAACGCCGGUGCAAGUAUACAUGUAGAGUCCGGGAGGUCCGGCCUGUUGUUCUAGAGAAACCUGUUGAGGAGAUGCCCAACCAAGGAGACAAUCAGACCAUUGCUCACAGCCCCUGUCAGCUAUCAGAAUCUGAAUCCCAAGACGCUGACCUGACAGAAACACAACCUCCAGCAGAAGAAACUUUUGUCCCAGGUCCUCUCCCAAAAUCAGAUCACAGUGCAAGGCCGAAGGUACCCAGCUAUCCCCUGCACAGGAGACCUGCUGGAGGAAUGUCCCGACCUCUGCCAUGCCCAGGUGUAACCCAGACAAAACCCCACCACAUUCUGACAAUAAGUGAUCUGGAGGAAACUCGAAGAGUUCGUCGGCACAGCCCUCACUCACAGACACCAGGUCUAAGAGCUUGCAUGUCCCCUCCUCCUCUAGGUCCUCUAACAGGACCAAUAACCCUCCGUGCUGGCAAAUCCUCCCUGCCAACUUCCCCCCUGUUCCCACUCGGUACUUCUGACAACAUGAUGAAUUGUCCAUCAUCCCGCCCAGUUGGAGGUAGAAACACUUCCUCGGCCCGUUGUCCUGGGAAUACAAUAACACAUUGCAGCUCAUCAUUCUUUCCUCAGUCUGCUUGGCCAGACAGUGCAGCCUCUGUAAGUCUGCCAUACUCUUCUUCCAUGCAGCAUUUACCCAGAAAUCGACUGUCGUUUGAUCUGAGUCAGUCAGACUCAGUUGAAGUGCCACACAACUUCUUAGCAUCACCAGAGCCUGAAGAUGCUUCCCCAGCAAAUGGUACAUCCCCCCAUGGUGACUUAAAUAAACAGAGAGACGAUGAAGAGUUUCCCUACAGUUCAUUCCACAAGGAUCCUAGUAUGACUUUGGGUGAGGAGAUGCGGACAGAGCUUGAGAUUGAAGAAACACUCCUGAAUGAAGGAGUGGCAAUGAACUGUGGAGGGCAGAUAGUGGUGGAAGGUGAUGAUCAGGAGGAAUUUUGGGGAAGAACUCAAGAAGUACAUAAGAGGAAGACACUUGUUGUCAAUGUUCCACGAUCUGCAGCCUCAGCCAGGGAAGACUUGGGCAACACAUCCUCUGACGAUGACAUGGAGCACUAUUUUGAUUUUUCACGAACAAUAGUAAGUUGCCCAGUGUCCAAGGAUCGGUCCAAGUCCCCCGCCUCUCCUUCCUCCCGUCCCAUGGCUCAGCUAGAUGGGAUAGAUGAUGGUACAGAGAGUGAUGCAAGUGUAGCAACCACUGAUGAUGCUCAGAAGAUUGAUGGGUCUGUCAAAAAUCGGAUACAAAACAAGAACCCAAAUAAUAAAAAUGCUCCUGACUCAGAAACUACAAACCAUGCACAAGCCCCUGACACACCAUCUGAUGAUAAGCAAACAGAGUCUUCAUCAGCUACCAUGUCAGUUGCUGUUAAAGGUACUUGUGACAGCUCAAACCUGCAGCCACCUAAAUCCUGUGAUGCUAGUCGAAGCUCUGACACUCCUUCAGUAAAUCAGGAAGCCAUCCUUUUUACUCCAGUUUGUGAUGGUUUUUCCAAUGUACUCACUAAGGUUGCUGACACAUCAUAUUCAGAUGAGUUAUUAGUAGGUUCUAGUGUAGGCUUGACAUCUGCAGCACCUCUUGUUCUUGAGCGAUGUGACGGCAGCCCACGUUUCACAGAGCUGCUUCCUGUGCUACAGGAAGACACAACACUUGAAACCCAACAGUCUGACACUUGUAAAGGCCUGAAUUCAGAGCCUGAAAGUUGUGACUUUGCAUCAUCAAAUGAGGAGUCUAUUGUGAUGAUGAACCACUUAAGAUCUAACGUGAUUGAGCCUUCAUUAGCAGAUUCUGCUGAUAAUACCCAAGACUCCCUGCUAGGUCUGCUGCAGCCCUCCCCUUUAAUGUCUGCAGAUGUACAAAACCCCUCACAAUGCCUUGUGGAGUCCCUUCAGAUGUAUUCUUGUUUACCAGGUUUCAGUCAGCCUCCUCUAACAAGUAUUACACUUCAGCCGGUAACAGCUGCACAAGAAUCUUUGGAUCCUUUGUCUACUAAACUGACAACUGUCACUCCUGUUGGAGAUGUGUCUCAAACGCAGAUAAAUCUUGCCCCUCUAAAUGAUCCAGGCUUACCAGCUAGAGUAGGCACUUGCCCCCCAGCAGGAUCCUGUAAUGUUUCAGUACCUCUGUACUCCACACAAGCACAGCCAUUCGGUUCUGCUGCUGUCUCCAUUGUUUCUUCCUCUGCUUCAGUGUCAUCUCUUUCUGGACUGUCCACUCACUGCUCAGCUGCUUCAACACCAUUACCAACCACCUCAGCUCCUGUGAUCUUAAAUGGUUACAGCUCAUCUGUGCAAAAGGAAGCCACAUCCGGUCACACAAUCUCCAUCAACUUCUCCACACCCAGACCAACUAUGGAGCCGCAACAGCCAUCAUUACCCCAGGCUUUACCUGGUCAUGCCAUCCUCACUGUUAAGGAGGUGGGAGGUCCAAAUGUGGAUCCUACACCACAUGUGCUAUUGGUGAAUCGCCUUGGGCAGAUUUUUGUGAAAAACCCAGAAAGCAACACCUUUCAGCUGCCCACUCCCAAUUCCCCUUCCUAUAAUUGUGUCACUCAGAUUGCUAGCCUUUUACAGAGCAAUGCACUUUCAGCCACGCUGGCAGCAGCUGGUAAUGUCACAGCUCCUCCAGCAGGGGCUAGCAUUACCCCAGCAGCCCCUGUGUCAGUCACACCUGCAGCUCAGAAUCCAGCUACAGUCACACAGCUGCUCACCCAAAAUAACAAUGGUGCUGUGGCAUCAGUUAAUGUGAAAAAGGUGAAAAAAAACACAAAAACACCAAAAGAUGAAAUAGUCCCAGAGUUGAAAAAGCCAAAGAAAAAGAAAGAGACUAAUUCAUCCAGAAAAUCCAAGUCAUCUAAGGCUGCAGGUCAGCCUAUGUUGCCACCUGAAAACAAUCCAUUGACUCCUGCUGAAAGUGCCCAAGCAAUUAUCAAUCAAGCAAUGGCGAGUAAUUACACCCCCAAGUGGAGUGGGCUUCGAACAAUGAGCCCAUCCUCACUGGUGUUGCCACCUGGCCUUUUAAUUGAACCAGAGCCUCCAACAUCGCCUCGCUCACCAUCCCCAACGCCAGCUCCUGCAACCCGUCCUCGCACGCAUGUUCGCAUGAAGAGAGUGUCAUCGCUUUCAGACCGCAUUGUCACAAAGAAGUCUAAAGUUGACUUCCUACCGCCGGAGACCAUCAGUGAAGAUGAGGAGCAUCGGAAAGCAAUGUUUCCAAGUGUCCCCAGCAGGGUGUCAGGAGUUCGCAUAAAAACCCCCACAGUGAAAGGAGUCCUGAACCUGGACGAGUUAAGAGAAGAGCACAGAAGUGAUUCAGACAGCUCAGCAUCUGAGCCUUGGAAUUACUUGUCACUGGGUGAACAAGGCAAACAGCAUGAAUGGGAACCAGUGGGACACAGCAGCCUGACUGACUGGAAGAAAUACUCUGGAGCUGCUACUGUGUCGGAUGAUGAACCAGCGCCAUCUGAUGAAGAUGAGGAAUGUCCAGCUAACAGAGAGCAUCCACAUUUGCAAUUUGAGAUAACCAGUGAUGAUGGAUUCAGUGUAGAGGCUGACAGCAUUGAGGUGGCUUGGAAAACAGUGAUAGAUGGUGUGCAGGAGGCACGAGCAAUAGCAAGACUGAGACCUCUGACAUUACAGAGGAUCACUGCUGCCCAUAUGAUGGGACUGAUCCAUGAUGCAGUGGUGUUCCUGCUGGAACAGCUUGAAGGAGCGCACCGUUGUCAGCGUCACACUUUCCGUUUCUUUAAACAGUUUAGCCAGGAGGACGAUCUUCCUGUUAAUCCCAGCGGUUGUGCCCGCUCUGAGCUCUACGUCAGGAAGUCAACAUUUGAUAUGUUCAACUUCCUGGCUUCUCAGCACAGACAGCUUCCUGACAUUGGGCUUUAUGAUGAUGAGGAAGAUGAGGUUCUUUUGAAGUCCACAAGACGUGCUACUAGUUUGGAGUUGCCCAUGGCCAUGCGCUUCAGACACCUGGAAAGGACAUCGAAGGAGGCUGUAGGAGUGUACAGGUCUGCUAUUCAUGGGCGUGGUCUGUUCUGCAAGAGGAACAUCGAAGCAGGGGAGAUGGUCAUCGAGUAUGCCGGCAUCGUCAUUCGCUCAGUGCUCACUGACAAAAGAGAAAAGUACUAUGAUAGCAAGGGCAUCGGCUGCUACAUGUUCCGCAUUGAUGACUUUGAUGUGGUGGAUGCAACCAUGCACGGCAACGCAGCAAGGUUCAUCAACCACUCCUGUGAGCCCAAUUGUUACUCACGAGUGAUCAACGUGGAGGGUCGGAAGCACAUCGUCAUCUUUGCCCUGAGGAAAAUCUACAGGGGGGAGGAGCUCACCUAUGACUACAAGUUCCCCAUCGAAGACGCCAGCAACAAACUCAACUGUAACUGUGGGGCUCGGCGAUGUCGACGCUUCCUUAACUGAGAGCUCCUUCUGAAAAGGAGUGGAUCCCGAUUAUUAGUAAGCCUUAAAUUAAGGUGGCACUGGAUCAGGCUUGGGGAAGGCUGUGGUCAGUAAGCACAGCAGGAGGGAGGGUAGUAGCCACUAUGAAACUGGCCAAACACUGGCUGCUCAGAAGUGAUAUAAUGACUUUUUUUUUCUUUUCUUUUUUUUUUUUUAAAGGUCUCAAUAAGAGGAGAAAACUUUCAUUUUACAACAUUUCUGAUACAACAAGCCUUAUCUGUUUGAAUCAUUGCUGAGAACUUGCAUCUAAACUUUGAUUCCUUUUUUGUUUUUGGAAAGGAGGAAGGGGUGAUGGGUGGGGGCAUCUGUCUGUCCAUAGUACACGUGUUGUUAUGAUCGCUCCAUCCUCUAGUGACAGGAACCUUACAGCCCCCUCCGUGCAAUGGUAAUGUCUGUUCUUGAGCCAUACAUUCACCUGAACCUGUAAUUGUGUGUUUUAUCGUACAUUGAACAAUUUACACUUCGAUGUUUUCGUUUUUAGAUGUUUUGGUUUUUUGUGAAUAAGAAAACAACCAUGGUGCUAAACUUUGAAAGCUUUGUCUUUAGUUGGACUAAAAAUGUCUUGCAAAUCAGGAAUGGUUUAGCUGUUUAUUCACCCUGCUGUGGUCACCCAGCUUAAAUUUAUGCACUCAAGCAGUACACUUAUCAUUAUGGGGUUAUUUAGUGCGUGCUAAGUUUUACACUUGGUAUCUUAUGGUCCGCUUGUUUUUACUCAAUCUCUUCAUGUAAGUUCUAAAUCAGAUUAUCGUUUCCAGUCAGUAACAAAGUGUCAUAGUUCCGCGUGUCUUAAAUACUUUGUUUUGGUGUUUUCUUCAUGUACAGUGUAUGUAGCAAACACUACCCAAGCCAAAAGUGAAGAUUUGUGGUGAAAAUCAGUUUUUAAGUAUCUAUUUUAUCACUCAUGGCAGAUACUCAUUACCUAUUGCAAUAAGACUUUGCUGCCCUACAGUUGCACAAGAAUAAACAUACAAAUUAUCUUCAUCUGUGUGAGACCUGCUAGUUUCUGUAAAUCAGGGAGAGCACUGGUAAAACGCAUUGCUACUGAGUGUGUCCGUUCAGCGCCUGCACCACGUUUGUUAAGAACAGGGUGCACAGAUGCUCUGAAUGUUGCUGCCAUGGAGCUGACAGAGCAUUCAGCACCUUUAAAAUAAUUGUUAUUGUAAGUUGAUGUUCAGUGCUGUUGGUGACGAGGCUAAUUGAAUUCACACACUGUCCCAAUUGGUAGUAAUAUUUAUUCAUGUUUUGAUUUUUAAUGGUAAAAGGUUGUGCUGUGUAUAAUUGGUGGUGGUCUAGUGUAUUAGCAGAUUUCCCCCUUUUGCAUUCUUUGUUUUGUUUACAGAUGUCCUUUGUUUCACUAAUUUACUUGAAUUUUUUUGUUUUUCUUAUGACAGAACUUGUUCUGAAGCAUUUUUUAACCCUUUUUAUUUUCUUUUUAAAUUUCUUUUCUCUCUUUUUUUAAAAUUGUAGUCUACUGACAGUCUUAAAAUCAGCCACAGGAGUGAGGUGAGCACUUUUACACAUACCCAAGCCGAUGAUUUAUUUUAUUAUUAUUUUUUCCUUCAUCCAUUUUUCUCAAGGUUUGAUACAGAACUAAUUCGCUUCACAUUUUCUCUUUAUUAUCAAUCCCCAUUUUCCCUUUUGCAUGUCCAAUCACUGGGAUGGAGCCCAGAUUAACUUGUGUCAAUCAUCUAGCUAACAACAAGAGCAGAGUCACUCCCAACUCCUUGCAAGGAUUCUACCUCAGCUGUUUAGACAGAUGUUUGGGAAUACUGAUGCAAAAUAAGAGGUUGAUG